CACCUUCCUUCGCCACCAAGCAGUGAGCAGGAUCGACAACGGGGCAGCAUCAGCGAAGGAUUCGAAAAUGUCUUCAGCAGCAGCAGCAGCAGCAACAUCGCCAGCGGGCCAGGCAGUCGGCAAGGGCCAGAGGGUCCAGGUGACCGAGCAGGAGAUCGUGCAGAUCUACCAGGGAAAACGCAACGAGCUACAGGCUCUUGCACAGAAGAUCGGCGAGCUCGAGGGCGAGGCGGAUGAGCACAAGCUCGUAAUCGAAACACUGCUAGAAGCGCGGGCCAAGGACCCGUCUCGCAAGUGCUUCCGACUGAUCGGCGGAGUCCUUGUCGAGCGGACAGUUAAGGACGUGCUUCCGGCCCUGACAGGGAACAGCGACGGGUUAAAACAUAUGCUGGAGCUGCUGGUCAAGCAGUACGCCGAAAAGGAGAAGGACCUGCAAGAAUUCACACGAGAGUAUGGCAUGACGAACGCUUCCGCUUGACACUCCUGUGGCCUCGAUUCGGGGCUGAGCAACGCCAGACCUAUGUUUUGUGCAAAAAGCGAAAGAGCAUGCCAUGCCACCGAAAGCUGCCACCCACCCUUCUCUUCCUUGCCUUGCAGGGAGAACCGGUAGCGGUGAACAUGAGACAGACUGCGUGUGCGAGGAGUGCAUAGCCAGGCUCCUUUUCAUCUCGGGAGCACUCGCUUUGCAACAAGCUCAUCUUACAUACUCCGACUGCCUUCGCGGGAAUGAGCGCAUAGCUGCUACUGCAAGAGGCAGCAAUAUUGACCCGCCUCGCCUCCCUCGGGCGUGAGCCGUCCCAUGCUUUUGAAAUGGCAGGGUACACAAGGGCCCGCGCACGCGCACGCUUGCGGAAGUGAGGAUGUAGUGAGAAUGACAAAAGUAGACAUGCAAAUGUGCGAGAAAUUGCGAACUAC